AGUGCUUCAAAAAAAAGUGCUGAACUGAAAUUCUUACUGUUGUAUAUAUAGUUUUCAUCAAUAUGCUCAGUGAUAAAAGUUUUAAACUUUUCUUCAAAUUGAUUUUCAUUUUAACUUUGGACAUUUUCUGUGGAGUUUCAAGUCAAGAAUAUGGCACAACAUUGACUUUGAAACAAGGACUAGUUAUUGGAAGGAUUUUAAAAACUUCUAAUGGAAGAGAUUUUUAUGCAUUCCGAGGAAUACCUUAUGCCACUCCUCCAAUAGGUCUUCUUCGGUUUAAGGAGCCCUUGAUGUUCCCAGGAUGGGCUGGAACCUUAGAUGCAAGGGAUUACAGAUCCGCGUGUCCUCAGUGGGAUGUCCAAGGUCGAAUGAAGGGAGCAGAGGAUUGCCUUUUCAUUAACGUCUUCACACCAAGCUUGCCUUCUGCAGGAUCUUUCUCGCCAGUAACUUAUCCUGUAAUGAUUUUCAUCCAUGGUGGCAAUUUCGAAGAAGGAUCUGCUAACAUCUAUGGCCCUGAGAAACUAAUGGACAAGGGAAUCAUUCUGGUUACUUUCAACUACAGGUUAGGAGUCUUUGGUUUCUUGAGCUCUGGUGAUCAAACAUGCUCCGGCAAUAUGGGUCUCAAGGACCAGGUUUUGGCUAUUCGUUGGGUGAGAGAAAAUAUAGAUCGAUUUGGAGGGGAUCCCAACGCUAUCACUUUGUUCGGACAAGGAUCUGGUGCUGCCAGCGUCUUCAUGCAUAUCUUGUCUCCCCAAAGUCAAGGUCUUUUCAGUCGAGCAAUUAUGCAAAGCGGUUCUGCAUUGUGCGACUGGGCCCUAGAAGGCGAACCUCUCGGGUAUGCUCGCGAAAUUGCUCAGCGAGUUAAAUGCCCAACGGAUUCGCCCACUGCAAUUCUGGACUGCUUGAGGCUGAAACCGGUGAUGGACAUCUUAAACGCUCAGAAGGACACUAAGAUCUUCGGGGACUAUCCUCUUCGAGCCGUGCCAGUAGUGGAAAAAAGUGGAGAUGGUAAAUUUUUACCAGACACUCCUAUAAAUUUACUGAACGCUGGCAAUUUCCGUCGGGUACCUUUAAUGGCUGGAGUCAAUAGAGACGAAGGAGCUUUCUUUUACCCUACUCUUUUGAAUACUUACCGUAAUGCUCUGCGAGAAAAUCCCAACUUCCUUCGCACCCACUUAAUCCCGAUGUUCAUUCUGACCACCACCAACAUACGUGGGAAUGUGGAUUCUGUUUCCGAGACCAUCAUAUUCGAGUACUUCAACAGAAUCAACCAUUCGAACGUGUCACAGAUUUUACAUCCCUUCAUCAACAUGUCUACUGAUGCGAUGUUUGUAGCUUGCAACGACGCUACUGUGCAUGCCUACUCUACAACAGGAGCUCCAGUUUAUAUGUACACAUUCGAAUACAGGGGAGAAAACAGUAUGGUAGAGAUACAGUAUGGAACGCCGAUCGCAUACUUUGAUCCAGGCGUUUCACACGGCGACGAGCUGUUGUAUCUGUUCAGCCUGGAUGUGGAAGGAUUGCGACAACCUUCGUUGUUGGACAACUUAGUUAGCGGAAGAGUCGUUUCCUUGUGGACAGAUUUUGCAAAAUUUGGAGAAGCCCCUCAGUUUGUAAACUACGAAUAUCCUCGUUGGGAGCCCUACAAGCCUGAAAGUCAAACUUACUACAGAAUUGAAAGAGAUCUUAAACCAGGAUCUUUCUACAAGCAACGAGCCGUUGACAUGUGGACACGACACCUACCUGCUUUGGCUGGGAUGACAACACCAACAAGCAGUCCACUCACUCAAAACAAACACAGCGAAAGCCUGUACCGAACACUGGCAUGGGCCAUGGUAUCAGUCUCUAUUGCCUUAUUGGUUGUUGUGAUAGUUCUGCUGGUUGUACUAUACAAUCAAAAACGAAGUCAGAGUUUCAAGGCCAACGGUACGGAAAAUCAGUCUAGAUUAUCAGGUUCUACACUGUACUGAAAAAUCAUUUGCAUAAAUAAGCAAAAUCGAACCAGCACAAUUGACUUUGAAAUCACGAUAUAAUUUAGUCAUUAAACAUGAAUCAUUUUAUUGUACUUUAUGGCAUCACAAUUAUAUCUUAUCAUGCUGCUUGUUAUUGUGAAGUUAUCAGAUGGUAGAAUGUAAAAUACAGUGCUCAAAGUAGACAGUUGUAAAGAAACUAUGCUGGUCUAGUUAGAAAUUUUUUUUUUAUCUAGUGAGCUCAUUUUGUGCAAUCUUUUCUUUAAAUAAAGAUACUCCAAAAAUAGUAAUUUAGGUCCUAGAUUAGAUUUUGAUUGAAAAUGAGAAGGCAUAGUUAUAUUUCUUCCCUUUAACAAGGCAUGAUUUGAACUUUUUUUGUUAAUAAUGCAUUUAUUCCAUGUCAAAAAAAAUGUUUUUGUAAGAGGAGGGUAUAUUUCCUGUAUAAAAUUUAAAAACUUUUGUAAAAAAAAUUAGUUUUAUAGAAAAUUAAUA